AUGAUUGCAGGUGAUUCCUCCCUCGAAAUCCUUGGCGCGAGGUGUCCGAAUGGUGACGACAACAAAAAGUCUGAAUUUGAUGUGAUAGAGCUUACAUCAGGGAUUGAGGAGUCUUCCGUCAUUGAAUGUGUGGCAAAAACACGGGAAUAUCCUUCUUCUCCUAAAUUACCAAAAUCUAGCCCUGUCAAGGCCUUCUCCAGUCAUAAAGGCACUCAUAAUGAUUCAGCAGAGCUAUCAUGUACUUUUCUGAACGAUACUAGCAUUAAUACUGAUCCAGCGGCAGAGAAAGGUGCUGGUGAUCUUGACGGCGGUGCCCCCAUUGACGGCCUAAACACAGAUAUGUUGGAGGAUUCAAGCCCGGUUAGAGCACAAUUACUCACCAAGCGCAAAAAUGUGCUGGAGCAAGUCCUAAGUGAAGAUCACCUAUCGUUUUCAGAUAUUCAUGAUGGUGCAAGUAGCUCACUUCAAGGUAGUCCUGGUGGAUUGACCUUGAGCGGAUUGGGUUCGAAAUGGUCUCAAAAAGUGGAUUCUCAACGCUUGGGGCACUCUCGCACCUCUCAACGAAAACCGAUAGGUAACGAAACCCCCAAAUCAUUGGAAAAGAACGUUUUAAAGGAAGUCAAGGCAAAGGCACUUUUUGUUCAGUCGUCGCCAAGCACUUUUGAUGAUUCGCUUGCGAAGACUGGAGAGAAUACAGAACAUGUUGGUCACCAGAUUUAUCCAAACCAAUGCGAUAGCAUCGGUGCAGAUGCCAUAGUAGAGUCCACACCACCAUGCAAAAGUUCCACGGGCUCCCCUCGAAGGACAGGCCUGUACAUCUCGAAGAAGAGACGCUUAGACACUAACACCGAACGACUUGAUCCCGACUCCGAAGAUAGCUCACCUGCAAAGUUUACCGCUUUUAUUGUUAACAGUAGAUUUUUCUCGGAUGAAGAGUCACGGAAUGAGAUCUCGAAGUUCCAGACAACGGCCGCAGGAAAAAAAAUGUUUAAUGCUGCGAACAAACUCAUCAAAGAUGUCAACAUCCUCAAAGCAGAGAUGAUCUUGGACGUGGACGAAUUGCUUUAUCAAGAAUUUGCCUCGGACGGUAUCGAUUUGAAAACGGAGGUUCAGCCAGCGCAAAUUAUUCAUUUACAUGAUGUGAAGCCUUUGAUAAAGCUGCGAAGACGCUGUAAUUCGAUAUUUGACUUAAAACAUGGAUUAUUCUAUCCCAGGCCUGAGAAAAUAGUGAGUGAAAAUGUCUCCAUUAUGUUUUACAAUGCGUUAGAAUUUUUCCAUCUGCACUGUACUGGGAAAUCCCGUUUGCUGCACUUCAUUCAGGAAACAAAAUCAGCCAACACUCUUGUUAUUAUAACUCUAUAUGGUCGAGAAGACCUCAUUAAGGGAAUCCAAAAUAUGGAAAAUAGGCGCUUUAGGCAGCAAGUGGAAGAGGAGCUUCAUGGCUCAAAAAAAAAUAGGCAUCGCACAAAAUCUAAGAAAUUGGAGAUGCUGGAAGAGUUGGGCAUCACGAUAGAAGAUGUCGACCGAUACACCGACGAUAUCGCAGUGAAAUACGGUGUUCAUUUCUUCACAGUAGAGUCCAAGCGGGAUUUCAUUCCUUGGCUGAAUAGUCUUAUCACUGUGGUUGGCAGAAAGCGCUACGAUCCCGCGGUGAGACAUCAAGAGUGGUCUCACGUUACCAUGAGGUCAGCUCAAGACCCUCGGGACUCGCUUUGGAAAACACUGGAACAGCUAGACCAGAUGACAACGUUGAAAGCUCAAAGGGUGAUUUCCGUUUACCAAAACUUCCAGCAUUUGUACAACGAUGUUGAAAAAGGUUAUUUAACAUGCGGUGAUGACGGGAACCCGCUCAUGGCGAGUGCAUCGGAGAAAGCCAUGGUUGCUUUGUUAACUUCCGACAACCCUGAUGACUUGGUGUAUAUGUCUUGA